AAUCUUACGAUACAACCCCAUCAUCCAAAUAUACUCUCUCUCUUAAAAUCCCUCUCUCUUCUCUCUUUCUUUUUACUAACCAAAACUCCCUUGGAAUUUUCUGUCAAAUCUCUCUCUGCCAACCGUCUGGUCGGCAACGAAGCUUCAGGUCAUCAGGUGUGUGAGACUCUCUGCAUACACACAGUGUGUUGUCUCUCUCUCUCUCUCUCUCUCUCUCUCUCCUUAAAUUCCUCACAGACUCUUCACUCUCACUGCCCUCAACUCCAAAACUUGUGAUUUUCAACAACAAUCUCUUUCAUCUUUCUUUUCCACAAACGAUAUAACACAACCCAAAUUAAGAACCCAUUUGAUCGAUUCCUAUUUUGUGGAUCCAAUCGAAGUUUCUAAAUGAUGGGCAAUCGGUUUUCCGAUCAGUUUAGGCAGCCUCAGAUGUGAGAAAGAGGUCCAUUUCGCUGCUUCAUCUGAUUUUGAUUCCUCUUUUGGUUUCGGAAUCCACAAAGAGAUUCAACGUUUCGGGCAACCGAGCAUUCACGGAAAUUUAACAAGGAAAAGAGGAAAUUUUGCUUAGAUUGGGAUGAUUACUGUGAUGAACUCGAUACAUAAAUCGAUGAAUGAAUCGGAGGAGUGCUUGGAUUCUCAAUUAUGGCAUGCCUGCGCCGGCGGUAUGGUGCAAAUGCCGCCGGUGAACUCAAAAGUGUUUUAUUUCCCUCAAGGCCAUGCUGAGCAUGCUCAUGAGAAACUUGAUUCUGGGAAUUUUUCAAGAAUUCCCGCACUCGUUCUUUGUAGAGUAUCAGGAAUCAAAUUUUUGGCUGACACUGACACUGAUGAGGUUUAUGCCAAGAUAAGAUUGGUUCCUUUGAGGAACAAUGAUUCUGAUUUUGAUCAUGAUGAUGGGUUUCUGGGAAUUGAUAAAUCUGAGAACAAAGAGAAACCCUCAUCUUUUGCGAAGACUUUGACACAGUCUGAUGCUAAUAAUGGUGGGGGUUUCUCUGUUCCACGGUACUGUGCAGAGACGAUUUUCCCGCGGUUGGAUUAUUCAGCUGAACCUCCAGUUCAGACUAUCCUUGCAAAGGAUGUUCAUGGAGAGAUCUGGAAAUUUAGGCAUAUUUAUAGAGGGACUCCGCGUCGUCAUCUUCUGACGACAGGUUGGAGCAAUUUUGUGAAUCAGAAGAAGCUUGUUGCGGGGGAUUCGAUUGUUUUCUUGAGAGCAGAUAAUGGGGAUCUUUGUGUUGGAAUUCGUCGAGCAAAGAGGGGUAUUGGUGAUGGACCUGAGUCACCUUCUGGAUGGAACACAGUAGGUGGGAAUUGUGCUUCUCCUUAUGGUGGGUAUUCUGCUUUCUUGAGAGAAGAUGAGAAUAAAUUUAUGCGAAAUGGCAAUGGCGGUAGUGCUAAUUCCAAUGGGGUUUUAAUGGGGAACGGAAAAGUGAGGGCUGAAUCUGUUAUUGAAGCAACCGCUCUGGCUGCUAAUGGACAGCCUUUUGAGGUUGUCUACUAUCCACGAUCAAGUGCUCCAGAGUUUUGCGUGAAGGCCUCAUCUGUGAGGACUGCAAUGAGAAUUCAAUGGUGCCCCGGGAUGAGAUUUAAAAUGGCUUUUGAAACAGAAGAUUCAUCUCGUAUAAGCUGGUUCAUGGGGACUAUAUCUUCUGUUCAAGUUGAUGACCCGAUCCGGUGGCCUAAUUCUCCAUGGCGGCUUCUCCAGGUGGCAUGGGAUGAGCCAGAUUUGCUUCAGAACGUGACCCGAGUCAGUCCAUGGUUGGUUGAGUUGGUAUCAAACAUGCCUGCCAUCCAUUUCUCUCCUUUCACUCCACCAAGAAAGAAGUUGCGGGUUCCGCAACCCCCCGAUUUCCCUUUCAUUGGUCAACUUCCAAUGCCAUCAUUUCCCAGCAACCCCCUCAGGCCCAGCAGCCCCUUGUGUUGUAUAUCCGACAACAUUCCUGCAGGCAUACAGGGAGCCAGGCAUGCUCACUUUGGACUAUCUUCCGCAGAUCUCCACUUCAACAAACUUCACUCGGGUCUGUUUCCCCUUGGAUCGCAGCGACUUGAUUAUGCUGUCCAACCACCUAGAGUUCCCAUUGGCAACCUUACGGACAAUCCAAAGGACAACAAGAAUUUAUCUUGCUUGCUCACCAUGGGAAUUUCUACCCAAAAUUCAAAGAAAGAUAAUGAAACAAAGACACCUAUGUUCUUGCUAUUUGGCCAGCCCAUUCUAACAGAACAGCAGAUCUCUCAGAGCUGCUCAUCUGAUGAGAAUCCAGAGAAGACACCAAAUUUUUCUGAUGGAUCGGGAUCAGCGGUUCUCCAGAAUGGUCCACCGGAGAGCUUGUCUGAUGAUGGAUCGCCCUGGUACAAAGAUCACCAAAAAUCUGAGUUUGGAUUGGAGACUGGUCACUGUAAGGUGUUUAUGGAAUCAGAGGAUGUGGGUCGGACCCUUGACCUCUCAGCCCUUGGAUCAUACGAAGAGCUUUACAGAAAUCUGGCCAACUUGUUGGGCAUAGAAAGAUCAGGGAUGUUGAGCCACGUGCUCUACCGGGAUGCUGCCGGUGCCAUUAAACACACUGGAGACAAACCCUUCAGUGAGUUUUCGAAGACAGCAAAAAGGCUAACGAUACUAAUGGAUUCAGGAAAGCGCAACAUGGGGAGGUAGACUAAAAGUGACAGGUUGUGAAAUGUACAGUUUUGAAUUAUCAAAUCCUUGGUUUAGGUUCUUGUUUUUUUCCUUUUGGUGGUUGUGGAAGAAACCUGCUUCAACUAAUUUUGGGAAUAUUAGCUUGAGACUUGUAGCUACGCUUCAAUUUGUCUUCUUAAUGACAGGUUUUGAAUUAUUUGCUCUA